UGAGAACAUAGUACAAUGAGGCAGGCCUCUGGAAUCAAUGGGUUUAAUUGGAGAGGGCCAGCUCGGAGACUCUGGCUUCACACCUACCCUGGCUUCUCCCAGGCCCAUGAACAAGCUCUGGCUGAACUGACCAAGAAGCUGGGGGCUUUGGAAGAGCCCGAGGUGACUGGCCAGCUCAUCGACCUGCCUGAGUAUUACAGCUGGGGGGAGGAACUGACUGAGACCCGGAGCCAGAUCCAGCACCGCAUCAUAGAGUCUGUGAAUGGGCUGAAGUCUCUCUCAGCGGGAAGGGUGGUGGUUGUGAAGAAUCAGGAGCAUCACAACGCACUGGGUGUGAUCCUUCAGGUCUCUUCGAACUCCACCAGCAGAGUAUUCACAGCCCUGGUCUUGUGUGACAAGCCCAUGUCUGAGGACCCGCGGGAGAGGGGGCCAGCCUCCCCAGACGUGCCCUACCCAGACGACCUCGUGGGAUUCAAGCUGUUCCUGCCUGAAGGGCCCUGUGACCACACUGUGGCCAAGCUCCAGCCAGGAGACGUGGCCGCCAUCACCACCAAGGUGCUCCGGCUGAAUGGGGACAAGAUCUUGGAGGACUUCAGCAAGCGGCAGCAACCAAAAUUCAAGAAGGAUCCGCCCUCUGCGGCCGUGACCACUGCUGUCCAGGAACUGCUAUGACUGGCUCAGGCGCACCCCACGGGACCCCCCACCCUGGACCCUGUCAAUGACCUGCAACGCAAGGAUGUGUCUGUGGUCGAGGGGGGCCUCCGGGCCCGGAAGCUGGAGGAGCUGAUCCGGGGGGCUCAGUGUGUGCACAGUCCCCGUUUCCCUGCCCAGUACCUAAAGCUGCGGGAGUGGAUGCAGAUCCAGAAGGAGAUGGAGCGGCUGCACUUCCUGCUGUCGGACCAGUCGCUGCUGCUGCUCCCCGAGUACCACCAGCGAGUAGAGGUGCUCUGAACCCUGGGGUACGUGGACGAGGCGGGCACAGUGAAGCUGGCCGGGCGGGUAGCUUGUGCCAUGAGCAGCCAUGAGCUGCUCCUCACCGAGGCCAGUACCGUGAGCUACUCCUUUCAGAGCUCCUGGGCCGGCGGGCACCUGCCUCGGUGCGGCUCGGCCUCGCCUACCACGUACGCUACCUGAUUGGGGCCCAGCUGGUGGACUGUGUCUCCACCACUUCUGGAACCCUCCUCCGCCUGCCAGAGACCUGAGGACUCUGUUCAUCAUUGCACACCUCCCCAGGGUGGGGAUUGAGGGGCCCAGGAGGGCUGCCAACCCAGGCUGAGGCAGGGUCACCUUGGGAAGGCUCGGGAGCCAGGAAGAGUGCUGGGCUUGCUGCUAUGCUGAGGGUCAGACGUGACUGCCGCUGUUGACCUGGGCUGCGUCCCAUGGAGGGGUUUGGGCUGUGCUUCUCUGUCCUUUCACGAAAGUGGAGCCAGAAAGCUUGCCAAGGCCGUGGCUGCUGUCUUUCAUGCAGCAAGGUGCUGCCACUACUCUGUCUGGGGUAGCAAGGAGGGGCCUCAGGAGGCUGUGGAGGUUGGACAGAGUUCUCCAUAUUUUGGUUGAAACUGACAAAUAAAGUUCUUCUGCCUGUGA